AUGUCUGACCACGAAGGCGAUUUCGGUGGCAACGACGACCUCUCCCUCCCCAAGGCCACCGUCCAGAAAAUCGUCACCGAAAUCUUGCCGCCCAGCAUGGGCGUCGCCUUUUCGCGCGACGCCCGCGACCUGCUGAUCGAGUGCUGCGUCGAGUUCAUCACGCUCAUCUCGUCCGAGGCCAACGAGAUCUCGGAAAAGGAGGCCAAGAAGACGAUUGCCUGCGACCACGUGACGCGCGCGCUGGAGCACCUGGGCUUUGCCGAGUACGUCGGCGCGGUGCUGGAGGCGGCGCAGGAGCACAAGGAGGUGCAAAAGGGCCGCGAGCGGAAAGCGGACAAGUUUACGCAGAGCGGCAUGACGCUCGAGGAGCUGGAGCGGCUGCAGCAGGAGCAGUUUGCAGAGGCGGCGAUGCGGCACGGAUAG